CGUAGGUGCAUCAUGAUUGUCAAUAGAGUAAAAGAAAUGACGGCAAGUUGGCCGCCGUUUUUGCAGGCUUCCGUUGUUGGUAUACCCGAUCUCACUGCCGUAGCGAUCGUUGCCCACAGCCCUCGAUCCUCCCGGUCAUUAGCUCACUCCUAUCGUCCGAGGGUUUUCCACCGGCACUCUUUAGAAAUAUCUAUUAACUCAUCACAUUGAUCGAGACAUCCUCUACCGGGAGAACAUGAUCAGCUCCAUCCUGUCACGCGCUAAAGGAAAGGGUCCCCUUUGGUUCCAAGGAAAGCGACGGCCCGCCCUGACCACUAGUUAGGACCGUGACUACGAAGGUACGCCUUUAGCUGAAAUCAAGCCGCUCAUCUCCAACGCAACUUCUUCAACGAACGGACUUGCCCGCAUAUGAGAAGUCCCAGCUCACCAUUAUGGCUUCUCCAACUUCUCUAACUUCGCCAACUUCUCUAACUUCGCCAACUUCUCUAACUUCGCCAACUUCUCCAACCUCUCGAACUACAGAAACCCCACCGUUCGAUGAAAUGACUCCUAAGAUUCUACCAGUUGCAGGACUCGAACAAGCCCAAGUACUGCGAUUCAGCGUUGCCAAUUUCAAGCGUGCUGUUGCAGAUCGUCUGCGAGCUCUGGACGGUGACGGCGGAGGCAAUACACAGCGAUGGAUCGUUUUUCUGGCCUUUGACCACUCGAAGCUCACCUAUAUCGACCGACUCCGUUACCCAGUUCGUUUACAACUUGAUGAUGAUAAAUUAAUCGUCAGGAUGGUGACCCAUGUACACGAGAACAUGCACGUCAACUUGCAUUCCGAAAUAACCAUGCAGUUGAGGCUUAUGGGUCUCCGGCUUAAUCUGGAGUUUACGGGUUCCGGAUCAGGCCGGUGCCACCAUCGCUCAGGCCAUUCAUUCAAGGAGGCGGACAGCUCAAUAACACCUUCUAUCCCCCCGCCAUGGCCCGCCGUAGUUAUCGAGGCCGGUUGGACAGAGUGCUUAGGGCAUCUUUAUAUUGAUGCACAAUGGUGGCUAUCGGCUCAAUUGCCCCCAAACAAUACUCGAAUGGUGGUUCUAGCUUCAUUUAACAAAUCCGAACGUACCUUCCGCCUUGAACGGCACGAGCUCGUCACCGUUGCUGACACUAAUCGAACGCGAUCCGUGCCACUCGGAGUUCGAGAUAUCGCGAUGUGCAUGGCAGCUACGACGAUUGACCUCAGAUCGACACCCCCAAUCAUCACUGGUGCGCCAUUUGUGCUGCCUUUUGAGAAGAUCAUGCGGCGCCCUAAAGCGGCCGCUGAGCAGGACGUCUCGUUAAGCGCGGCUAAUCUCGAGGCAUGGGCCAUGGGUAUAACUCGUUUGUACAACAUUUGAGAGGGUCUAAAGCAUGAGCAUCUGAAGCUGGCGUCGUGUGGAGGAGUGAGCAUCGAUGGAGGUCGCGCCGUGUGAGUCAUAUAGGCAAAUAGACACCCCAAAACAGAGGUCUUCUUGCCGUCUGGUUGUUUUAGAGAGUAAAGGAGGGCGGCGCGGCUAUGUGAAUAUAAUUCGAGCUUUUUUUUAGGACGUUCGAAAAUUAUAAACUCUAGCUUCGUUCCUCCAGGCUCUCUUUAAGCGACACCCGCUUGCGGGUUCGCAUCUCCUGUUGUUGGAAUGCUGGGUGUGGUUGGGUUCCACGUGACACGGACAAAUGCGUUUCCGA